CGGCUCUUACCAUUAUAUAAGACCCCUACUAGACUCCAUAUUAUCAAUAGACAUAAACGGUUUUAGUUUAAUGGAGUUUUUAAUAUAAAACAAUUAACAGAGUGAUCAUCAUGUUAUUGAGAAGCACAUCUGCUCCGAUACUGAACUCGUGGCUUCCACAACACUGCUCGAGAGAAUCAUCUCCGGAGCCCGAGUCACAGCUCCAACGCCGAAACAGAUCGUUGUCUAUUCUCUCUUCAAAGUCCAUAGACAGACACACAGGGGAGCUGUUGCACCAAACUCUCUGUGUGCACAAGGAGAGUGUUCAUAAAUCAAGUAACAAGGAAAACGACGGCAAUGACGUAAUAUCACGCAGGCAACGCAGGUCAUCUUUAGAUGAAAGUUCCCAUGGAACAGUUUACCGGAAAAAGAUUUUGGAUCCUUCGUCGACCUUUUUAAUGGAGAGGCUAUUCUCGAGCUCUGGACAAGGAGAGAAGGUUUGUGAUGAUGAUGAUCGUCUGGAGACUCUUGUGAGUGGUGGUAGUGACGGUAUGGGAAGCAGCGGUGGCAAGAUAUGUACGGGAGGCGGUGUCGGUGGAAGCGGCGUUGACGGCGGUGGAAGUGAGGACGCCACCGAUGUGUAUUACCGCGAGAUGAUCAACUUGAAUCCUGGAAACUCUAUUUUGACCGGAAACUACGCCAAGUUCUUGAAAGAGGUGAGAGGAGACAUGAAGAGAGCAGAAGAGUACUGUGAAAGAGCAAUUUUAGGGAGCACCAACGAUGGAAACGUUCUCUCGCUGUACGCGGAUCUCAUUUUGCAUAACCAUGGUGAUCGUAAAAGAGCACACUCUUAUUUCCAACAAGCUGCCCAAAUGUCCCCCGAAGAUUGGUUAGCCGAGUUGAUAUCAGAGCAAAUUAGUAACACGGAUCUGAUCGAAUUUGGAACCACAAUUACUAAGAUUGUUUAAAAGAAGGGAGAAACUAAAGAAGAAGAAGAAGAAGGUUUACCAGUUGGGAGCCGUGGAGAAGGAGAGGGUUAUGGACGAGGGAGAAGAAGAGGUGUUUCUUGGUGGGAAGACCCUCAGGUGCCCUAAAGUCCUCGGGGAACUCGGAAGGUAAGAAGUGGUUCCAGACAUGGUCGGAGUCUGCGGCGGAUCUGAAGCACCUGGAGACAGCCGAUGAUCGGCAAACGUCUCGAGGCGAAGUCAAGGAAAGGAUCUUAGCGAUGCAGUCCUCUGGCAGAUUAUUCAUUGCUUUGCUUUUUAGUUUUUACCAAAGGAAAGAAGAUCUCAUUAGAUUAUUUAUCUAUAUAGUAACUCAGUUUAGUUGGGAAGAAGGGACGUGGAAAGUUUACUUAUAUUAUUCUAUUCUAGAAGCAGAGGAGACUUGGAGAUGAAGUACACCUCUUCUUUUCUUAUUACUCGCUUCAUCACCAUUGUAGACAACUUGUGUAAGUAACCGCGUGCAGAUCCACGUUUAUUUAGUUAUCCACGUUUGUUUUUUCUUUACAAAUUAUCCUUUGAGAUGUUCAUAUGGAAAA